CCACGGCGUACUGGCAACGCAGCUUGAAAGGGCGAACUACUCCAUCUUCGACGAUCAGGUGGUGGGGAAUAUGAUGGAGGAGAUAAAACAGAGGCGGCAGGAUGCGACUGAAGAAGUUGUGAGAGAGCUUCGACGGCAGCUACGUGAGGAGAAACAUAGGCGGGAGAAACGAGAGAUGCAGGAUGAGGCUAUAGCCAGGAAUGCACGGGAGGAGCGAGUUUUCAAAAUUGAAAGGUCAAGGCUGUAUGGAGAAUUGAAGAAGACAGACUAUAUCUGGACACAAGUAGACCUCAUGGAGGAGAUUGAUGCAUUGGAGGAUGCGAGGGGAAGAGUGUGGUGGAAGUUCGUGAAGAAAUUAGACGGCCUGAGCGACAGCGAAAGGGAGGAGAUGAGGCUGCAUAGGAUGUUGAAAACCAGAAGAGGAAGAAUGAUCAAGGGAAACACCGAGUAAUAUCACCUACAAUCUUGACCAGCGGUGGGCACAAGCUCCAGCAAUUCCAGUGAGGGCGAGCAGGAGAAUGGGCGCUGAUCUUGGG